CUACGUCAUGGCGUUGUCCACACGAUUUAUUUGAAGAAUAUAUUUAUUUCUAAAUUAUUGGUUUUUAUUGCCGAUAUUAGACUUUUAAUUUAUCUAUAUUUUCGUUAAUUGGUUAAUCAUGGCAGACCAAAGAAUGGACGACGAAUAUGACCCAGAUGAAAAUGAUUUGGAUUUUGAUACAAAAGUUCAGUUACAACAACAGUUGAUUCAAGCUGAACGUCAGGAAGAAGUAGAUAGAAAUCGUGAAGUCAUGGGUUUACAACAACAAGCCUUAUUACAAAAACAAGAUGAAGAUUUGAUGCAGAAAGUUUUUCAACAACAACAAAUGAUACAAAUAGAACAGAUACAUCAGUCCUCUAUGGAUCUCCCUCAAAUGUUACCACCUCCACGCCUGCCCCCAGGAAUAAACCCACCAUCAGGUGUGCUACCACCGCAACCACCACCAGUAAGUCAGAUGAAUCCUCCUGGUGCUCCACCACCUCCCUCACAACCUGGUAAUAUGGGAGUUCAACCCCCACCAUUAAUGUCCAUGAAUCCACAGAUUGUUCUUCCUCCCCAGUCUCAAGCUCAGUCUCAAUCCAUGAUGGUGUCUGCUGGAGCUCCUGGACAGAUGCCACAAGGAGUUAUGGCCCCUAGUCAACAACAGAUGCAACAACAAGGGAGACCCAUGCCUCCACAAGGAAUGCCACCUCAAGGUCCGCCCCAGGGAAUGCCACCACAGGGACCACCACAGGGCAUGCAACAAAUGGGACCUCCACCAGGGAUGUCAGGUCCUAUGCACCCUGGUCCUCCACAAAAUAUGGGUGGUCCUCCACAGAAUAUGGGUGGCCCACCACAAAAUAUGGGUGGCCCACCACAAAAUAUGGGUGGCCCUCCACAAAAUAUGAGUGGUAUGAUGAGUGGACCUCCUGGUCCACCAAGGAUGAGUGGCCCUCCAGGAAUGGGUGGCCCACCAGGAAUGGGAGGUCCACCUCAACAAGGUCCUCCACCAGGAAUGGGAGGUCCACCUCAACAAGGUCCUCCACAAGGAAUGGGUGGACCUCAAAGAAUGGGUGGUCCACCUCAAGGAAUGGAUGGUCCACAACAAAGAAUGGGAGGUCCACCUCCUAACAUUGGAGGACCGUCACAGAAUCAAGGUCCACCACGAGGGCCUCCAGGAGGUUCUAAUCAAAGACAACCACAACCUUUAAUGGACAAGAUUGUACCACCACCGAGUGAAAGACCAGGUCCACCUCAACAGAAAGAGAUGAAGUUACCUGUAGCCUUAGAGAAGAUGUUGGAGUUUAAAACAGUUCGAGCUGAGGAGGUGGGAAUUAGUUUAGAUGAACUGGAACAACCAAAAGAAGAAGAAGAGAAUGAAGAUAAAGAUGAAGAAGAUGAUGAUGAAACAAGAAAAGAAGUUAAUGGACAAUUAGAUGAUGCUGAUGAGGAUGAAGAUGAAGAAGAGGAUGAACCAAUACAGAAACCCGUUCAACCAUCGAAGAAAGAGUCUAAGAAUAAAAGAAGAAAGAAGAAGAAGAAGAAGUCACGUAAGAAUAGACAGAUGGUAACUAGAGUACAUAUAGAGGAUGAAGAAGAGGAUAAACCUGAAGAUGAUGUUCAGAUAGAGUAUGUACAAGAACAGUUGAUUCUAGAACCAUCCGAUCCUAAUUAUUACACAUUCUCUAAAAUAUUCGAGGCUUUCAAGAUAUCUGAGCCAGAGAAACCAAAAGAAGCAUUAAAACCUGAUGCACAGAAAAAAGAUGAUAAGAAAGAUGGUGAGAAGAAAAAAGAUAAAGAAGAUGGUGAUGAUGAUGAUGAUGAAGAUGAGGAUGACAUGCCACCUAAAGAAGAAGAAGCUAAAAUAUCCAAGAAGAAAUUAAAGAAAAUGACCAGAUUAAGUGUUGCACAGUUAAAACAGUUGGUAACGAGGCCAGAUGUGGUUGAAAUGCAGGAUGUUACUGCUCGAGAUCCAAGACUUUUAGUUCUUCUUAAGGCUGCAAGAAAUUCUGUCCCUGUACCUAGACAUUGGUCCUAUAAAAGAAAAUAUUUACAAGGUAAAAGAGGUAUAGAGAAACAACCAUUUGAACUACCAGAUUUUAUUAAAUCAACAGGUAUCGAGGAAAUGCGAGCAGCUCUAGCAGAAAAGGAAGAUCAGAAGACAAUGAAAUCAAAGAUGAGAGAAAGAGUUCGUCCUAAGAUGGGUAAAAUUGAUAUCGAUUAUCAAAAAUUACACGAUGCCUUUUUCCGAUAUCAAACUAAACCUAAAAUGACGAUACAUGGUGAUUUAUAUUAUGAGGGAAAAGAAUUUGAGACACGAUUAAGAGAAAAGAAACCAGGAAAUAUAUCUGAUGAUUUAAGAAUGGCACUUGGUAUGCCUGUUGGUGGAAGUGCAGAUAAAGUUCCACCACCAUGGUUAAUAGCUAUGCAGAGAUACGGUCCACCACCAUCUUAUCCUAAUUUAAAAGUACCAGGUUUAAAUGCUUCUAUACCUGAGGGCUGUACAUUUGGAUAUCAUGCAGGAGGCUGGGGUAAACCACCUGUUGAUGAACAUGGUAAACCAUUAUAUGGUGAUGUAUUUGGUACACAGACAAUAGAUCUAGUGGCACCAAUAGAAGAAGAUGAGAUAGAUAAAACAUUAUGGGGUGAAAUGGAAUCUGAGUCUGAAUCUGAAGAAGAAUCAGAAGAGUCUGAAGACGAAGAUGAUACUGGUCUGAUAACACCGUCAGAAGGUUUGGUGACACCAAGUGGUAUGACAUCUAUACCUAUAGGUGUAGAAACACCAGAAAUGAUAGAAUUACGUAAAAGAAGAAUUGAAGAUGCCAUGGACCAGGGUGGAGAUACACCAGCUUUAUAUCAAGUUUUACCUGAGAAAAAACAAUCUGUUGGUGCUGCCAUGAUGGGAUCAUCACAUGGUUAUGAAAUACCAGCUAUGGGUAAAAAACCAGGAGAGAAGGUUACACCUGAAGGUAUUGAAGUGUCCUUGAACCCUGAGGAACUUGACCUUGAUUCUGCGGCCAUGCAGGCUAAGUAUGAUCAGACAGUAAGAGAACAACAAUCACAGUUGGAGAAAGAAGAUUUAAGUGAUAUGGUAGCAGAACAUGCAGCUAAACAAAAGAAACGUAAGAAACAGCAGACAGAUAGUGGGAAAACAGCCAAGAAAUAUAAAGAAUUUAAAUUUUAGACUUGUAAAUAGACAUUGUUGUGUAAAUAUUUGGUACAAAUUAAUCAUCAUCCUCUUCAUCUCAAGAUAAUCAUGAAAACGUAUUUGUAUAGAUAAAUGGAAUAAAAAAUAUACUAAACAUAAA